AUGACAAACGCUGAAGCAAGUUCACAUAAGCUAACGCCGAGGGAUCCAAAGAAUAACCCGCUCCGGAUCUUACAAACCAUCAAAAAAACUCAUGGCCGUCCAGCUCACAUCGUAGGACCCAUGGUCCGUUAUUCCAAGCUUCCCUUCAGAGAACUCGUCAGGCACUAUGAUGCUGAUAUCGUUUAUACGCCGAUGAUUUUGGCUAGGGAGUUUGUCCGAAACGAUAUUGCAAGAAUCAGCGAUUAUUCCACAAACCCAAAUGAUGGACCUGUUAUUGUUCAAGUUGGCUGCAACAACGUCAAAGACCUUCUCAAGUUUGUGGAGAUGAUGCAUCCAUAUGUCGAUGGUAUCGGUCUAAAUUGUGGGUGUCCAAUCAGAGAGCAAGUUCGUGAAGGUAUUGGUGCCGCUUUGAUGUCAGAACCUGAUCUUGUAGCAGAUAUGGUCAAGGCAGUCAAGGAUAAGUAUGGCGAUACCGUUUGCAUCGAGACCAAGAUCAGAAUCCACAGUGAUUUGGAAGAAACAGUUAAAUUUGUGAAGAAGGUUGAAAACGCUGGCGUGGACUUCAUCACAGUUCAUGGAAGAACCAAAUCGACCCGUUCUUCUCAACCAGCCAACUUGGAUGCCAUUAAGCUUGUCAAGGAAACCGUUAAUGUUCCUGUAGUUGCCAACGGUGACUGUUUCACCCACGACGACUUUGAAAGAAUUGCGAAAUAUACUGGCGUUGAUGGAGUGAUGGCUGUUCGUGGAGCCUUAGCUAAUCCUGCCAUUUUCGCCAAACAUAAAACAGCACCGUGGUCAGCAGUGGAGAUCUUCUUUGAUCUAGCACUCAGCUACGGCUUGCCAUACCGCAUAACUCAGCAUCAUCUUUCUGAAAUGUUCAGCGCCAUGAUCCCAAGGCUGUACGUGAAGGAAAUGAAUGAAAUCCCCAACCUUAUAGACUUAAUUGACUGGUUGGACCAACACUUUAUCCUCAAAAGAAGAGACGAGGAAGGGUUUGGUACUGAAACCAGUCCACAGUGGAGAACCCCCAUAGCAUAG